CACCACGCGCUUGGCAAAACAUGGCGAGAGGCGUGCCGAAGUUUGUUUAUGAAUUUGCGGAAGUGAUUGUGUGUUAAAUUUGGGAGGAUUUGAAAUUUAAAAGAACUGCCCUAGACUAUUCCCACCAUGGAAGAAGGAGCAGAUGAGAUUGAGGUGAUCGUCCAGAGUGUCCUCGGGCCAGGGUGUCCACAAGGGCAGUUUACACUGAAGGUCCCAUACAACAUCAGCGUAGAAGGGGUGAUGAGACGGGUGUGCAGAGAAGCCAGUGUACCAUUGUUGCCACAUUACGUUUUGAAGAAUGCCAAGAAUGAGGUGCUCCCCUCCCUGGAGACAUUAAACAACUUGGAUGUGAUCAACGGCAGUGUGCUUCACUGGAGUGACGAAGAUGUGUCUACGGGUGUGAGCGAUGUGAAAGGCUGGUGCAACACCUGGUGGUUUAUGUGUGUUAUCGCCUUCUUCAUCGGCGCCAUCGGCCUUUUCGCCAUCAGUGUCGUCAAAUCCAGAGAGGAUGAUGUGGCCUACAGUUAUGGCAUUGUGUUUGAUGCUGGCUCGUCGCACACGUCCAUGUACAUCUACCGAUGGAACGGUGCCAAACUGAAUGAGACAGCAGUAGCGUCUCAGUUCGGGGAACCAGUCACACCCCCAGUUGCAGGCAUCUCAUUCUUCACCACUGACCCUUCUGAGGGUCGAAAUGUCGUCAGGUUCUGUCUGGAUGCAGCCAAGGACAGGAUACCACGGAAGAACUGGAAGAAGACCCCGGUGUACCUUGGUGCAACAGCAGGGAUGAGGAUGCUGAAUGAAGUGAACCAGACCAUCAGUGAUGAGAUCCUGGAUGUUAUCAGAAAGGCCAUCUCGGAGUAUUCCUUCAUCACCAGUGAUGAUGAUGUCCGUAUCAUCACCGGGGAGGAAGAGGGGGCCUUCUCCUGGAUCACCAGCAACUACGUUCAGGGCACCUUCCACGUGAACCCUCCGUCAUCUGACAUGUUAUCAGAAAAUCCAGAUUCCAAGACAACUGGAGCUCUAGACAUGGGCGGAGCAUCAGCACAGAUAACUUUCAUUCCUAACAUGACUGUACCUCAGGGGUACAGUCAGCCUGUGGAGCUGUACGGACACAACUACACCCUCUACACUCACAGCUUCCUCUGCUACGGCAUCAACGAGGCUCUUCGGCGCUACAGAGCAGCCCUUGUACAGUCCCAGAACUUCUCAGUGGAAAUCAGCGACCCAUGUGCUCCUACUGGCUGGCAGAGUAACUUUACCCAUGAUGCACUGUUCAAGGCCCCGUGUGUUGGGGGGCAACAUGCUGUUGAUACCUUCGGGUCUCGUAUAAUCCCAGAUGAGUAUCUGGAUGAAGACACAGUGUUCUUGUUCAGUGGUGCCAGUGACGUGACGAAAUGCCAGAGCUUUGUGGCAGACAGUCUCUUCAACUUCUCUGCCCAGUGUGACGACAGCCCGUGUUCCUUCAAUGGCAUCUUCCAGCCUCCUGUUGUUGGAGAUUUUUAUGCGUUUUCUACGUUCUACUAUGUGACAAACUUCCUGAACCUGACCGAUGGGACGACUGCCUUCACCUUGCCAAAAUUCCAUAAUGCCAUCAACAACUUCUGCAACAAGACAUGGCAACAGGUGGAGGUAAUGCCAGCUGCCAAGAAGUCUGCCCUUCCGUCGUACUGCUUCCAGGGUAACUUUAUUGACAUCAUACUCACGAAGGGAUACGGCUUCGAUGCCAGUAAUUGGAACAACAUUCAUUUUGUUGAAAAGGUUUCCAAUACGAAGAUAGGUUGGUCGCUCGGGUUUAUGUUAAACAAAAGCAACGGAAUACCAAUAAAUGCUCCAGCCACUUCUAUAAGCACAGUGACCUUUGUGCUGUUGACGGUGUUGUUCGCGCUGUUCAUUCUGGCUGCUGUCGGCUUUGCCUGCCAUGCUAGAUUGUACAAGACUGCCAAAGCCAAGAGGAAAUACACAAGACUUGCUGAAUAUGGAAGCAUUUGAGGAUAUCAGGAUCAAGUCAUUUUUUAGUGAUAUUAUUGGUCAUGAGUUUAUAGAAAUGAAUUAGGUAGUAUUGGAAAGGAUAUUUUGUUGUAUAAAGGAAAUAGGUAUUGAAAUUAGUCUAAGUUUGUGUUGAAACUUAAACAUAUUCUGUUUGAGGGUUUGUAUUUGGUAAUUUAGGUAAAGAGUUUAAAAACUGGAAUACUUAAUGGUUGUGUUUUAGAGACAAUCAGGUGAUUAUUUUACCGAUGGAAUGUAUGUUCACAUAGAUAAGUUAUUUUUGUAUGGUUUAAAUUUACUCAUGAAUAUAGUAUUUACUUGUGUGUUAGUUACAAAAUAAUCUUAUAAUCAGAAUAUAUUUUCACUUUUGUUGUUAUUUUAGACCUGUAAAAAGGGUUAUUUGCUGUAGAGUACUUACCCUCCGAACUAUUUGACAUUUAUUAGGAUCAGUAAGUUGAGAUUGUCGUUGAGCUCAGUUGAGUUAGUACACCAUUACUAAUUAUUGAUCAUCAACUUCACAUUGAAAGGCUUAUGUCUUAGUUUAACUUGUAUAUAACCAAGUUUAGAUGCUAGAGGUUAUGCUCAAUGAGAUCACAUAUCUCACACACACGUGUAAAUUUUAUAUUUUUAAAUCAGUGUGUACUUUUUAUAGUUUUUUAAUUCUUGUUUUAUGAAGGGUUAGAGAGUCCAUUUGAUACGGGACCAAUAGUUGCUUGUUUUCCAUUUUUAAAUUGUGUUUUCAUUAUUGUUACAUUACUGACCAAAAUGUUCUCUGUUUCAAUACUGACACAGGUUCGGACAUUUAAUCCCAUAGCCAUCAAGUACUGUAAGAUCUAUAUUGAUCCACUAAGCCUUUAUUCCCAGCCCAAAACUGACUGUUGUGUGUAUUUACCUUUGAUCAUGAUGAUAUCUGCAAUGACAAUAAUUGGGUCAUACCUAUGUUUGAUAUGACAAGUUCAUUCGGCUAUGUGUUAUCGGAACUCCCACUGUAGGGAUUCCAUGACACCUGCUAACAGUAGCUGAUGUUGGUGAGAAGAGUGGCGCGAGGUUGCCGCGUGUCAUCACUAGUCCUAAGGCUGGAACUCAUUCUCAAGUUGCUCGCUUUCCUAGUCUGAUUAUUUAGAGGUAAUGUGAUCUGUGUGGGGUUGGCAGAGAUAUGUCAUAAAACAACAUUCACCUGUCUGAGUGAUGGAAUAAUCCUUUGGUUUAGUACAAGGACCUGUAUCUCCAUUAGAGCUUUAUAAUCUCCAUGGCUUUAUUUUCUUUCGUUUAUAUGAGGAAGACCAGAUAAUAGUUACCUACCAAGUCUUUCACAGCUGGUCUCGCGUAGCCUCCAGCUGACCCUCAGAUAAGGGAGACAGUCCAGUUCCACGAAGACAACCUGCUGCUAUGGUUGCCAGACUUCCUGUAUGUAAAUGUUACUAGUCAUUAGACCAUGUAUGGAUCCUAAUGAACAACAUAUAUACUGACAGUAGUUAUACCAUUUAACAUGUCUUGUUAAGGGUAGUAAAUUGGACUAUGUCCUCGUCCAAGAUGUCAUUUCUGGAGAUCUUGACUAACGUACACUGCUUCUUCAGCAAACUUGACAUGCAGACAGGUCUUGUGGUGGACUGGUGUUGAUAGGUAGGAAUUAUAAAAUAUAUUUUUGGAGUUUGACUGAAUAUUAGUGUUGAUAUGCCAGAGUGACUACUUGACGGAUUCACAGUAAGUAUAUAGCAUUUAUGAGUGACUUUGUCAUGUUGUUGAUAUUUGUGUCAUAGUCAAACUAAUUAAUUCUUGACUGGGCAUCAUAACAUGAAUGCUGAUUAUAGAGUAGUGAGACAAUAGUGAGAAUGGUGUAUAGAACACUCCGUGCUUGACAACCUGUUUCCAAGUAAUACAAUGUUGUAUAUAUGACCACAGUCCAUGAACUGUUAGUGCGGAGAUGCUGGUGGUUAUGGCUAAUGAGAGGACAUAUCUCAGACGCUCCUGUAUAUAAUAUGUACACUUCUAAUGGAUGUAUCUGUACAAUUAGUUGUGUUAUCUGUUCACAGAAAGAUCAUCGUCAAGAUCUUCAGUUUUGAUAUUAAACAGGUACACAAUGGAAGAGGUGACAGUCUGUUUGGAUGCAUGGACUUCACCAAUAUCCAUGUGCUGGUAGUGCUGUGACCAGCUUAUACUUUUAGGGAUCCUUUCUAUAGUAUGCCUCACCAUGACUUCAGGUAAAACUGACGGUCUACCACGAGGACCAUCUGUGGGGAUGGAUAUGUGUAGCACAAGCUGCUUCUUGCCUUCAGGCUCCUCAAGCCUCAAAUAUAACUCACUGUAUGUCAUGUAGGAAUAGUUUUUUUGACUUACCUGUCUGAAAGUCAAGAGAGCCAAUGCCAUAGUGUCUCCAUCUCAGAAACCACUGGACCAAGCACUUACAUCCACUCAAAAUGCAGUGUUAACAUAACAUGUUGCUAAACUUGCAAUUUAGUUUUUUGUAUUUUAUUCCUAUCAGUGUUGACAGCAAUUUUUUUGUGUCAUGUUGACUUUUUAUGCUAACUUUAUAGAGGUGAAUGGCAGAUUAAUGGCACUAUUUGUCAGUACAUAUUAUGAACAUUCCAAGUUUCUACUGCAACAAUACCAGCCCUGAAAUAGUAAUACUCCCAACUAACCAACUAUGGUGGUGUCUCAGGAAAGAUGCAUCUAUGUAGAUGUACCUGGAUUUCAGAUUCAAUCACUUUUUGCAGUGUCGGUUAAUUGAUUGUAGAAAGUGCAAGCACCUGCUGAAUGUCAAAUUAUAUUUCUUAAGCCAUAGAGAAAAAACUGAUUUGGAUAAUUCUUUCGUUGAAGAUACGCUGCAGGUCGUCACCAGGUUUUCAUGUUAAUAACCUCAAGGCAUCCAAUGUUCAGCAAACUUUUAUGUGUUUCUCAAAAACUUUGUGUGUCUAUAUUGGUGGUUGAUUGCACCGAUGUAUGAAACAUUUUAAAUUUCUCUGUUUUUUGUGUGUCCUUACAAUACUGAUGAUACCUUCUGACAUGAUUUCACCAACAUCGGUAUUACCUGCACAGGAGUUUGUGUGGACAACUGAAAUGCACUGGUGAUUGUUAUUCAGGGUAUGGUGUUACAUUCUAAUGGAGCAUUUUGUACGAAAUGAACAUCUUGAUACCCACAGAACAAUUUUAUCACUGUAUGCCAUUAUACCUGAAACAGCAUGGUGGUUUCACAUAAAUAAUAUGGACAUCGUUUCAUAACCAUUUCUAAAAUGAAUAUUCAAGUAACAGUUCUCUUGAAAUUUUGCAGAUGACAAUUCAGAUCAUCUUCACAUUCAGUUUUGUAAAUAUGCUACAAAACAUUUGAUUGACAUUUUAGUCAAGUUUGUAUAUAGAGAUUGAUCAAGCUUGGCAAUUCACCUGUAUUCAUGUACAUCUUAAGCUUUACUCAGGACAACGACCUUAGAACCUCUAAGAAAUGAUUAUAAAUAUGCUGUUAAGAUAAUAAAUAAAUGCAAUGUGCAAUGUA